GAGGCAUAACGUCAAAGUUCAUGAUGAACGUCCGAACAUGAGCAUACCAUCUCAGGCUACCGUGACAGAACUCAUUGCUCUGCAGCCAACGUUGACGUUCGUUGACGUUCGUUCAAUACCUCUUCACAAGCGACGUUCUUCGUUUGUAUCGGUGAAGGCAUAUAGAGAAUUGGCGCCAACUUGUCGCUUGAACACGAUGGAAUGUCGUGUGCUCGGCUUUAUCUUCCGAUUUUAUGACCUCAUCGGUUCUACAAAUUUAAAGUGGCGGCCGGGUAGGAACAAAACGCUGCACGCAGUACAAGACUCAGGUCGAGGAGCGUACAUACCGCUAGAGUUCAUCGCGGUACAGCAUCACCGAGCAAGGACGGAUAUACUCGGUUCGUUGAGCCAUGGAGGUACACUUGGAUAAUCUGAAUCGGAGGCUGCGCAUUGUCGUCUUGGUCCCUUAUGCCUAAUCGUGCGAGUCGCGGUGAAUCAGUGACUGGGCCUGUUCAGACACACUAGCGGUUUCAACGCCUAACCACGGUCCUUCCGGAGUAAUGCAGAGGAUGCUAUAUUCCAUCCCUCACAAACUUUGAUCGUGUGGCACAUUCUCUCGUGUAGACACAGCUCCCCGCCUCACCAGCAUGCAGAAACUGUAGAUUCAUUGUCCUCCUCUGAUCGUGGUCGCAAGCCCUGACCAUUCAUACUGUC